AGCCGCCCCUUUUCUGCAGAAAACAAUCGAAGUCAUCAAAAAUCCAGACAGCAAAGUCUGUCACACCCUCAAAGUUUGUGCGGAAUUUUGCCUUAAUUUUCAUUCAAAAGUGAUCGAAAACAUUGUGGAACUGUGCAUAAAGUGUUCGAAAAAGUGCGUGAAGUGGAAUUUCUCCGGGGAAAGUGUUUUCGGGAGGGAUAGAGUGAAAUUGAAAAUUCCUGCGCUGGGCUUCUUAAUUUUCUUCCUUUCGCUGGGCUAACUGGAUCGACGGCCCAGGUGGCGCAUUUCGAAAAGCGGAACCCAGUUUCGCAGUGUUGGUGAUUUGUUUACCAAAACGCAGUCAACUUCUUCCGCGAGUCGGAUCGAUUUUGUGUACGAAGCUUUGCUAUCUGCUGUGCGGGGUGAGAAUCAUUGCGAUAUUUGGUGACUCAUCAUCCUAGGCAGGGAAGGCGAACAAAAUGGGUACCCUGUCGGAUUUUGGGCAAGUGGCCCUGAAGUGGGACCCGAAGAAUCUCGAGAUCCGUACGAUGUCGGUGGAGAAAACGUUGGAACCGUUGGUGCUGCAGGUGACGACCCUGGUCAACACAAAGGGACCCAGCAAGAAAAAGAAAGGUAAAUCAAAACGCGCCAGUGCUUUGGUGGCGGCCGUCGAGAAAGCGACAGAUAUUUUCAUCGAACGGGGAGAGCAAAUCGCCUACGAAAAUCCGGAUAUUACACAGGAAAUGCUCUCGGCAGUGGAUGAGGUGCGUAAAACAGGCUCAGCGAUGAGCAUUGCAGCUCGUGAGUUUUCCGAAGAUCCGUGCAGUUCACUGAAACGUGGAAACAUGGUUCGAGCAGCGAGGAAUCUUUUGUCGGCCGUCACGCGUCUAUUGAUUCUCGCUGAUAUGGUCGAUGUACACUUGCUGUUGAAGUCACUGCAUGUCGUGGAGGAUGAUUUGGACAAACUGAGGAAUGCGUCCUCCCAAGACGAACUGAUGAAUAAUAUGCGGCAAUUCGGAAGGAAUGCAAACGAGCUUAUCAAACAGGCUGCCAAGAGGCAGCAGGAAUUGAAGGAUCCUCAGCUUCGGGAUGAUUUGGCUGCGGCUCGGGCUGUGCUGAAGAAGCAUUCCACCAUGCUGUUGACGGCUUCGAAGGUUUACGUUCGUCACCCGGAGCUGGAUCUGGCCAAGGUCAAUCGAGAUCACAUUUUGAAACAAGUGUGCGAAGCGGUUAACACGAUCAGCGAUGUUGCCCAGGGUAAGGCAACGUCCCCGCAGGAUAUCUACGUCGGAGCAGGUGAACUGGCAGCUGCUUUGGACGAUUUCGACGAGGGAAUCAUCAUGGAUCCAUUGGCCUACAAUGAAGUUCGCUCGCGGCCGUCGCUGGAGGAACGUUUGGAGAGUAUUAUCAGUGCUGCUGCACUGAUGGCCGAUGCGGACUGUACCAGGGAUGAGAGGCGUGAGCGAAUCGUCGCAGAAUGCAAUGCCGUUCGGCAAGCACUGCAGGAUCUGCUGUCGGAGUAUAUGUCGAAUAUGGGAACGAAGGAACGCACCCCGGAACUAGAGCGUGCAAUCGGUCAGAUGUAUCGCAAGACGAAGGAUCUACGACGCCAGUUGCGGAAGGCCGUCGUGGACCACGUUUCGGAUUCUUUCCUGGAGACGAACAUGCCCUUGUUGGAUCUGAUUGAUGCGGCCCGCUCCGGAAACGAGAAGAAGGUGCACGAGCGUGCUGAAACGUUCACCAAACAUGCGGAAAAGUUGGUCGAGGUGGCCAACUUGGUGUGCAGCAUGUCCAACAAUGAGGACGGCGUUAAGAUGGUCCGUUAUGCUGCGGCUCAGAUUGAAACUCUGUGUCCACAGGUGAUCAACGCUGCGCUGAUUCUGUGCGCCAGGCCAAACUCAAAGGUGGCUCAGGAGAACAUGGAAGCCUACCGUCAGGCCUGGGAGAAUCAGGUUCGUAUUCUGACGGAAGCGGUCGAUGACAUUACGACGAUCGAUGACUUCUUGGCCGUAUCGGAGAAUCACAUUCUGGAGGACGUGAACAAGUGCGUGCUGGCACUGCAGGAAGGCGAUGCUUUGGAUCUGCGGAACACGGCCGGUGCCAUCCAAGGGCGGUCGGCACGCGUUUGCAACGUCGUCGAAGCGGAAAUGGACAACUACGAACCGUGCAUCUACACCAAACGCGUGCUGGAAGCGGUCAAGGUCCUGCGGGAUCAGGUCAUGUCCAAGUUUGCCCAGCGGGUGGACGUGGCAGUCGAUGCGUUGUCGUCCAAUUCUCCCAAAGACGUGGACGAGAACGAUUUCAUCGAUGCCAGCCGGUUGGUGUACGAUGGAGUGCGGGAGAUCCGCCGAGCCGUGCUCAUGAACAGGAGCUCCGACGAGCUGGACACCGAUACCGAGUUCGAACCCGUCGAAGACAUGACCGUAGAAACCAGAAGUAGAUCGAGCGCACACACGGGUGAUCAAACCAUAGAUGAGUACCCGGACAUCAGCGGAAUUACCACAGCUAGGGAAGCUAUGCGUAAGAUGAACGAAGAGGACAAGCAGAAGAUCAUGCAACAGGUAGAGCUGUUCCGUCGCGAAAAGCUGACGUUCGAUUCGGAGGUGGCCAAGUGGGACGAUACCGGAAACGAUAUCAUCUACCUGGCCAAGCACAUGUGUAUGAUCAUGAUGGAGAUGACGGACUUCACACGCGGUCGUGGUCCUCUGAAGACCACCAUGGACGUGAUCAACGCUGCCAAAAAGAUCUCCGAAGCGGGCACCAAGCUGGACAAGUUGACGCGGGAGAUCGCCGAUCAGUGUCCGGAAAGUUCCACCAAAAAGGAUCUCCUGGCGUACCUUCAACGCAUCGCGCUCUACUGCCAUCAGAUACAAAUCACCUCCAAGGUCAAGGCUGACGUACAGAACAUCAGCGGUGAGCUGAUUGUAUCAGGGGUAAUUCUGGACAGUGCCACUUCGCUCAUUCAGGCGGCUAAGAAUCUGAUGAACGCCGUGGUCUACACGGUAAAAUACUCCUACGUUGCGUCUACCAAAUAUACUCGCCAGGGAACCGUUUCGAAUUACUCUCCGAUCGUGGUCUGGAAGAUGAAGGCCCCGGAGAAGAAACCUCUCGUUCGCCCGGAAAAGCCCGAAGAGGUCCGUGCCAAGGUUCGACGAGCAUCCCAGAAAAAGGCCCAGAAUCCGGUGCACGCCCUGUCGGAGUUCCAGAGCCCAACGGACGCCGUUUAAAUCUAUCGCGCAAUCGAAAUCUCCCGAAUUCCUGUGGCUAUAGCAAUGGCAGCUCACGAUUGUGGUCGGUGAUGAGGUUAUUGCUAUACGGUAACUAUUCUAUAAUUAAAAGACAAAACACAGAUACAUCUACCUAUUCAAUAGUGAUUUUUGUAUGAGUUUUCACGCCUACGUUAUUUGCACUAGCACUAUUAUCGGCGAAGGGAUAAGCGAAAGUCAUAUAGAGUAGAAAUUUAUUCCAAAUAAAUUUUUUAUUUAUUUUUUGUCACUUAUUAAAAGCUAUAUUUUUUACAAAUGGCGAACAAAGACGUUAAAAUGACUGAAAGAAUAUCGCAUUAUAGAGGUUGUAAGAGAACGAAGCGCGACGCAUUUUUCGGUAUUGAAAACCCCAUUUUUAAAUGACAUGAGCUGCUGUUUUGUGAUUCUACAAGAAAACUUCAUUUUAUAUUUAUUUUAUAAACUAUACAAAUAUGCAGUUCUUUCUUAAUACAUCAUUUUGCGAGCAUUGAUCAGUAUUCUAGAAAUGAAGCAGACAUAGUAUUCACUGGAUGGCAUAAAUAAUAAUCUAUAUAGAACAUGGAUAACUUUUACCGUUGAGCAUUUGCCGAAUUUAUCUCUCAAUAUGUGAGAAUAUAAGUAUAAAAUCUUAAUCGAUGUUUGUAACGAAACAGAUAUAUGGAAGCUCAAAACAAUUAUCUACUGGGAAAAGGGAGUGCCAAUAUUGUUCAGAAAAAAAGUAAAUUUAGAGCCUCCCCAACUUGACUCGACUUAACUAUUUUAUGAUAGUGUUAAAACGAACAAUGAUGUUACGAAAGAAUUAGAAUGUAUCGCAAAGAAACAAUUUUUAACUCAAUACUGCACUCCAAGAACACACGCAUGACACGCAUACACUUAUACCAUAUACGAAUAAAAAAAAACUAUUAGACGACGGAA